GGGGCUGGGGCUGGCUGUGAGGCAGGCAUUUCUCAGCCGAGGAUGGGAGAUGGAGACCCAGGCGGUAAAUGGCCCGAGUAGGAGCCCCUUGAGGGGAGGCUCAGAGAAUAGCUCUCUCUGCUCUCCCAUGGCCCUUUCCUAAGUUGGCAGCUGACCCCGAGGCCCUACCCUGGGGUGUUGCCAUCUGGCGCCACCUUGUCUACUGCGGCCCAGCGUUUGGCCCCCUUCCCCCGGCCCCCCCUUCCCCAGAUGGGCAGAAAGGGGCCCAUCUGCCUAUACCCUCCCUAUCCCAGACCAAGCCAUAACCCCUUCCAUACGUGGGGAAACCCAUCCCAGGGGAGGAGGGGUCUUCAGGGGGGCUGUGUGUUGGGGGAGGCUGGGAGGAUGGGGACUGUGGACUGGUUAAAUCUGACAAUAUCUUUAUCUUCUCUUCCUGGAACCCUCCUCCUCUUCCCACCCUGCCCAGCUGUCCAGGCCCUGGCGGCUCCUGGUACAAGGCUGAGAGGCCUCAGGGGAGGGGAGAGAGCCUUUCCCUUGGGUGGCAAACAAAAGCCCUUCUUUUGCUGUGGCCAGUGGGGUGGGGGGGCUUGGCAGGAGAAGGAGCUCUUCAGGGAGGGGCACACGUGCCUCCAGGGACCUGCACUCCCCGAGGACCCCAGACAGUCCCUCAGCCCCGCACCCGUGGACGGCGCAGCUCACCCUUGAGUGGCACAGGAAUCCCAGGUACACAGUGGUGGCUGCGGGCAGCAGCAGCAGCAGGAACACGGCUGCGGGCAGCAGCAGAUGGAGCACGAGCCCAGCCAGGGCCCGACCCGGCAGCAGCAGGACCCCCAGGCCUUGGGCAGCCAGGCCUGCCCACCCUGGGGACAUCAGGUCUGAGGCCUGGCGGUCAGGAAGCCUUCGGGGCAGCAUGGGUGCUGUGUCUGAAGCGCCUCCUCCCUCCUCCUCCUCUGUCUCCCUCUCCUGCUCACUCAUGCUCUCUUGGCAGUGGGCCUGGUGGGCUCACAGUGGUGGUCACGUGGCAGGACUGAUGCCCAUCCUCCGCCCCCCGCCCAGGUCAGAUUAGCAACCUUUUAACCCUAGGUUGCCAGGUCAGACCUCCACCCAGACCCCAGCAACCAGAUAGUGGACUCAGCUGGAGGGCAGGGCCCUGGUCCAGGUAGGUCCGGCCCUGACCAUCAGUCUCCAGGGUCACACCUGAGCCUCAGGUCCUCGCUGCCAGGCUGACCCUCUCUCUGCCAGGUUACUACAGCUCCAGCCCUGCCCAGUCUCCCCCGCCAGCCCCUGCGUGCUCUGGUCGGAGCCUGCACAGCUGUCCUGAGAGCUCAGCACUGGGCCGUCCUCACCCCAGGUCCCGCCCUCUCCCCACUUCCAGACCCUGCAACAAUGGUUUCAUUUCAUCAGUCUCAACUCUGGCAACUGCCCCAUCCGUAGCUGCCACGGGAAGGUCAACAUCUGACCUCGCCCCCUCUGGUUCCCUCAUCCCCAAACCUGGCCCCUCUCAGCAUCAGAACAGCCCCAGAAGAUGCUGGGUGCCCACACUGCAGGGCUGUUGAGAGGGCACGUGGGUAACGUAUGUGAAAUGCUUAAUGUGGAACUCAGCACACAGUAGGUGCUCAAUAAUGGCAGCUACCAUUACAGGUAUCCUUUGUGUCAGAAUCCAAUCCAUCCUGAAAACAGGGGGAGUGUGUAUUCUGUGAUUUCAAGUAAGCAGGGAGGAAGCAUUCCCAGCCCCUCUGAAAACCCCAACUAAUUUCUCCAAAUAUUACCAAAAUACUCUUAGCACCUAACAGCCUCCCGGGGUUUCCGUGCACGACAUACAGUGUUUUAAACACCACUUACAGGGACUUCCCUAGUGGUCCAGUGGGUAAGCCUCUGUGCUCCCAAUGCAGGGGGCCUGGGUUUGAUCCCUGGUCGGGGAACUAGCUCCUGCAUGCAUGCCACAACUAAGAGUUCACAUGCUGCAACUAAGAAGCCUGCAUGCCUCAACUAAAGAUCCCACAUGCUGCAACUAAGAACCGGCGCAGCCAAAAUAAAUCAAUAAAUAAAAUUAUUUGAAAAAUAAUAACAAAUAAAUAAACACCACUGACAUUACUAGCUGACACUUAAACCACUGAGUAGGUUGUCUGGGAGCUGGAUGAAGGAGGCCGGGUGGCACCAGAUGCAAUGUUUCUCUUUCCCUCCCCCUACAGUCCACCUCAUCCCUUCCAACUUUUCUUCCAACGUUUUCCAGGCCUCUCAAGCUCACCAGCACCCCUCAGACACGUAGGGAUGUGGGACGAUGACAGCGACAUGCACAGCUUGUUCAAGGGACGCGGUUGGAGACACGCCGGCCAGGACAGCUGCUGAGGCCCCCUGCAAUACACGCCAAGCCCUGCUGCCCAGCAUGUGUGCAAUUGAACUGCUUGCACUGGCACACGCGUGUGAAGAUUUCACGAUGGACUCUAGGGUCUCUGAGCCCCGGGAGCAGGACCUGACAGAGGCAGGGGCAGAGCAGGAACUGCGGUGGUUGGAGCUGGGCUCCGAGGAGGCCCCAGGAGCUGGGACAGAGGGGCCCAGCGCCCCACAGGCCUGGGGGCGCCUGCUGCAGGCCGUGUGGAAGGGUCACGUGGGCCUGGUGACUCAGCUACUGCGGCAAGGGGCCAGUGUGGAGGAGAGGGAUCGCGCGGGCAGGACCCCGCUGCAUCUGGCCGUGCUGCGCGGCCACGUGCCGCUGGUGCGUCUCCUGCUGCAGCGCGGGGCCCGGGCCGUAGCUGCAGACCGCGUGGGGCGCACGCCGCUGCACGAGGCCGCCUGGCACGGGCCCUCGCGGGUGGCCGAGCUACUCCUACAGCGCGGGGCGUCAGCGAACGUGCGCUGUGGGGCCGGCCUCACGCCACUGCACUGGGCCGCCGCGUUGGGCCGCACGCUGCUGGCCAGGCGCCUGCUGGACGCACCGGGCCCGGGCCCCGCGGCGGCGGACGCACACGGCUGGAUGGCGACGCACUGGGCGGCCGCGGGCGGCCGGCUGCCGGUGCUCGAGCUGCUGGCAGCAGGCGGUGGCGCGGGCCUGGACGGCGCCCUGCUCGUGGCGGCCGUGGCCGGGCAGUCGGCAGUGCUGCGCCUCCUCCUGACGCACGGGGCGCGGGUGGACGCCCGGGACGGCACGGGGGCCACGGCGCUGGGUGUCGCUGCCGACCUGGGCCGCCGGCAGGACAUGGAGGUGCUGCUUGAGCACGGGGCCGACUCAAGCUGCAAGGACAGGCAUGGCCGCUCUGCACUCCACAGGGCUGCUGCCGGUGGACAUCUGCUCGCCGUCCAACUGCUGGCCGCCUGGGGAGCAGACGUGGAUGCUCGGGACACGUUGGGCCUCACCCCCCUGCACCACGCUGCCCGGGGAGGCCACAUGGAGGUCGCCGGCCACCUCCUGGCCAGGGGCGCGAAGGUCGACGCUGCUGGCUGGCUCCAUGUGACCCCCCUGCAUCUUGCCGUGGAACGCGGCCAUGGCUCCACCGCAGAGCUUUUGCUGAGCCGGGGGGCCAGCCCCACCCAGAGGACACAGUGGGGGGAGGUGGCCCAGGAUCUGGGGCCUGCCGUCUGUGGAGAGCAGGAGGUGCCCCAUGGGCCCCAGGGCUGCAGGGCCAGAGCAGGACCAGAGGCUGCAGGCUUCCACGGCCUUCAGGGCGUGCAGGCUCCUCUCUGCUGGUCUGAGGCCGCCUGCCAGGGUGCACGGGAGAACACCCCAGAGGUUCCUGGAGAAGAAGGAAGCGGUGGCUGGAGCCCGAGCAAGAAGCGUGUGGCUGACCUGGAACCAUUCCAGACUCCCAGGGCCACGUCAGCCCUGUAGCUUCAGCCCUGUGCACGCUCUUUGGCGGAGAGACUGAGUCGUGGCCACAGAACUGACCAAAACCCGAUGGGCUCCUGUUCGUGCGCCCCCAGCGGGGUGCCAGCCUCUGUGCUCCCCCCCGGGCACACCGGCCCGCUUACUGUGUUUCCUUAGAUUCAGUAUUUGUCUCUCGGCACCCACUCACUAAUGACAGGGCCAGUUGUCCUCCUCUCCCCUGCUGUCCCGACCCAUGCCCUGAACGGCUGCCUUCUCUCACGUGCCCAGCUGACAUCCCCCUGCCCGAAGUCACCCAGGGCCAGGCCUGCCUCUGUGCACCAAGGCCCACUGGAUUAUCAAACAAACCAAUCAGAAGCUGUUUCCCUGCGCUGCCCUGCCUUUCCUGCGGGAACCCCAAUAAAGGCCUGAGCCUUCCCCGGGCCCCUGCUCUUACCACCUGAUCGAAACUGCUGUUUCUGCCUGUGUCCCUGUGGGGCGUGGUGUGCCCUCCCCUCAGGAAAUGUAAGGCAUAAAAAUCUGCUUUCAGGAGCUUCCCUGGUGGUGCAAUGGUUAGGAAUCCGCCUCCCAAUGUAGGGGACACAGCUUUGAGCCCUGGUCCGGGAAGAUCCCACAUGCCGUGGAGCAACUAAGCUUGUGCGCCACAACUACUGAGGCUGCACUCUAGAGCCUGCAAGCCACAACUACUGAACCCACGCACCUAGAGCCCGUGCUCCGCAACAAGAGAAGCCACCGCAAUGAGAGGCCCGUGCACCGCAACGAAGAGCAGGCCCCGCUUGCCACAACUAGAGAGAGCCCCCGUGCGUGGCAACGAAGACUCAACGCAGCCAAAAAAAAAAAACAAAAAAAACAAACGGGCUUUCAGUAGCUUUAGCCUCUCCCUGUCAUCACUCAGCCAUCUCUGUAAAUUAAAAGCCCUGCAGUGCGACAGAUACAGAGUGACAGUUGUCUCUGAUUGUCCACACCUGCAUCCUCAUAGAAAAUCAAUGUCCUUAGAUUUUUCUGGAAGAACAGCUUUAGAGGACAGAUUUCAUCUUUUGAAAGUGAGAGCCGUCUUGCUAAAUUAGCGACUCUGUCCGGGGACCCUGGGAGCACUUGGAUUUUACCCCCAAGACAACGGAAGCCUUUGGGGAGCGUGAGCUCACGUGACAUGGUCUUUCUGGCUCACGGGGCCUGCAAGUGCAGAGUGAACUGUAACUGGGAGGAGGAAACCCGGGAGACCAGUGAGACGGUGGCGGCAUAGCAGUGGGGGCGGGAGAAACAGGCAGAAUUGGGACAGUUCUGUGGGCACAGCCCUCUGGACCUGCUGAUGGUUGGAUGUGGGGAGGGACAGGGAAAGGGAGACAUAACAAUGACUCCUGGCGGGGCCUGGGCCCGAGGUGAAGGGACGGAUGGGAGAGCAGAUGCACAGGAGACGAAAAUGGGGCAAAGAUGAGGCCUGGAGUGACAUCUCUGGAGUCCUCAGAGUAAGGGUGGGUUUUCUUUGUUUUGUUUUUGGUUUUUUGGGGGCGCGCCGAGUGGCCUGUGGGACCUGCGGGAUCUUAGUUCCCCAACCAGGGAUC